UACUCCAGAAAGCUCCUGCAUACAUAGCUGAUACGCCACCUACUGCAAAACCGAGCUGACAGCACAGGCAACGCUGCCAGCAUUUCCAUUCCAUCACCAGGCUGGGGCUGAAUAAAGGCGUGUUUGUGUGGUAGUGUUUCUUUUUAAAAAAUCUCAACGCCAAGAAGAACAAGCUGAAAUAGCAUUUUCAAAAAUGGAGCGUAAAAUAAACAGAAGAGAAAAAGAAAAGGAGUAUGAAGGGAAACACAACAGCCUGGAAGAUGCUGACCAGGGAAAGAACUGCAAAUCCACCCUGAUGACCCUCAACGUUGGUGGAUACUUAUACAUUACUCAGAAACAAACACUGACCAAGUACCCAGACACUUUCCUUGAAGGUAUAGUAAAUGGAAAAAUCCUCUGCCCAUUUGAUGCCGAUGGUCAUUAUUUCAUAGACAGGGAUGGGCUCCUCUUCAGGCAUGUUCUAAACUUCCUACGAAAUGGAGAACUUCUACUGCCAGAAGGGUUUCGAGAAAAUCAACUUCUCGCACAAGAAGCAGAAUUCUUUCAGCUCAAGGGACUGGCGGAGGAAGUGAAGUCCAGGUGGGAAAAAGAACAGCUAACACCCAGGGAGACUACUUUCUUGGAAAUAACAGAUAACCAUGAUCGCUCACAAGGACUGAGAAUCUUCUGUAAUGCUCCUGAUUUCAUAUCAAAAAUAAAAUCUCGCAUUGUUCUGGUGUCCAAAAGCAGGCUGGAUGGCUUUCCAGAGGAGUUUUCAAUAUCGUCAAACAUCAUUCAAUUUAAAUACUUCAUAAAGUCUGAAAAUGGCACUCGACUUGUACUGAAGGAAGACAACACCUUUGUCUGCACCUUGGAAACUCUUAAGUUCGAGGCCAUAAUGAUGGCCUUAAAGUGUGGUUUUAGACUGCUGACCAGCCUGGAUUGCUCCAAAGGGUCGAUUGUUCACAGCGAUGCACUUCAUUUUAUCAAGUAAUUACCUGUGUCACGAACAAAGGCAACAAGCAUGCAGCCAGCAAGCUUCGGAAAACCACAGCAUCAAAGGCAUCCCAAAUAACGUGCCCAGCUAGCUCUGUACUCAGAGACCUGCUGCUAAUCAAUUACUGUGAGCUAACGGUAUGUAAAUCCUAUUGCUAAAGAUGUCCUUCUCUAGGGUGUUCCUGUUGAUCAGACUCGUACACUUAAAGCGAAAACAGUGAUCUUCUACAUACUGUAAAUAAAGACGGAAUGCUUUUGCUAUUUGUUUAUUUUUCCUUAAGCUGUCUUUCAAUCAGAAUGUCUUGAGUAUUUGCACAAUGAACAAGCAUGUACAGUAUCUAUCGUUCUUUCAAGUAAAUGGUAAUAAAAUAUUUUAAGGGACUGUAAGAUUUUAAAUCCUCUCUACUUAUGGCAAAAAUCUACAAAGAAACUGAACUGGUAAAAUUAACCAUUGAGAGCAAGACAGAUGUGCAGAUCUACUAAAACAGAGCUGUGGUGAAACAAAAUGAGAUUGUAAGAAUUAAAGCUAUGGAUUUAAUUUUUAAUGGUAGGCACCAAAAGCUUGUUCAUAGUUUCUGUAUUUCAUACUAGAAUUACAGCUGAAUUGAUAUAUUGCUGCAAAUUCCUAGAAAACUGCUUGAUGACAAUAAAAAAAAAAGAAAGCA